AUGGAGUUACAAGCUCAGGUUCAAGAUCUAUUAGAUUUAUCUUCUAAUGUAACUGCAUUAUUGCAAAAGCAGACGGACAGUCUUAUAAGGCAGCGUAGUCUCGUACGAAGAGACAAAGACGAAGACUAUAAUAGUUUAAACUAUGAUAUAGAGCUUGCCUCACGCUCAUUACAUGUGCUGGAAGUCCGACGCGAGAUACGUACAGCCGUUAGUGAGCUGACAGAAGUCAGAGACCAAAUGAAACAACAAAACGGCUCACCUACUCGUGAUUGGCUUGAUUAUGUUCAAGUCGUUAUGGAACAUCUACAUACGUUGCUUAAAAAAGGACUAGAUCUUGCGUCCAUUGAUGAUGCCAAAUCGGAAUCGCUUGUAUCUUCAUCAUCCCGAAAGGAACUUGCAUAUCAGAGUAACAGCGCGUACCAUAGCUUCACCUCUUCGAGGAAAAUUGUUUCCAAUGACCAGCCCAAAAUCACAAUUACAACACGCAAUACUGCCAGCAAUUAUAAUAAACCUCGUCGCAUAAGCAAUUCGACUCCGUUUGAUCCUUCUGCUGACACUCAAAAGCCAAAUCUGCGUGCCGACUUGACCCGUCGUCAUUCUUUGGAUUCUGAGGGCAUUUCUGCAGCUCGCCUGUUUAUUGGUAAUCUGGGCUUGCGAGCAGCACCGCCAAAAGCUACGACAACGACAUCUGUAUCGCAAGAUCUGACUACAACAAAUAAACCCAACGUUUCAAGUCACAAAAAUAAAGGCGGUUUGCAUAGACAUAAUCAGAGUUCAAAUGCUGAAAAGCAGCUUACUCAGAUAAUAAGCCAGGAUUCAGAGGAGAUGAGCGAUCAGUUUGUAGAUGCUGUCGAGAGGCAAGAGGACGUUGAUGAUGAUGGUGGUAGUGUAGACCGUGGGAAGGUUGUCGACACGGAAGAAUUAUCCACUAUGACAGAGAAGCUGAUGAAUAGGGCGAACAUUUUUCAUAACUCUGUAAUGGCUCUUGACACAGUAAUAGAAGAUGAUGGUCAAUCGCAGUCGUCUAUGAGAAGGCUGGGUUCGUAUGUUAUUUCAGUAAGCAACCAAGAUCUGACGUUUCUAUAUGCUUUGCUUUCAAAGGGCGAUAAUGACGAUGUGUCGUCUCUUGCACCUUCACUGUCUUCUGGCAGUUCCUCACCAAUAUCCUCACCGAUUCUGACUAAUACAUCAUAUCCGACGACACAAAUUAGUCUUGCCAGAGAUAAACCUACUCACUUGUUUGCCGAGGAGGUUACUGUAAGUGACCCGUUGAGAGUAGGAGCCGGUUAUGGAUCAUAUAUAGAAUACACAUGCACCGUCAAGGGACCAGAGGGAACAAGCAUAACGGUUAGGAAGCGAUAUUCUGAGUUUGUCAAGUUGAGAACUCAGCUAUCCAAGGCCCAACCGCAUUUCAAGAAUUUAAUUCCUAAACUACCACCAAAGAAAGUCGUUGGCAAAUUCGGUACUGCAUUUGUUGAGCGUCGCCGGAAAGACUUGGAAUAUUUCUUGACUUACAUUCUGCUUCACCCAACGUUGGGCGCUACACCCGUCGUGAGAAAGUGGUUUAUGAGCUAA